CUCAUCUACAAGUGCCAACGAAGGCAUUUAUCGAUGUAUGACGGUGUGGAAGAGUAUUUCCAAAGUCGCAACAACUUGAUCCCUAUCAGGUACUCCUACAGAGAGAUAAAGAAGAUGAGCAACAAUUUUAAGGAGAAAUUAGGUGAAGGAGGUUACGGUUCUGUCUACAAAGGGAAAUUGCGUAGUGGCCAAUUAGUAGCAAUCAAAAUGCUAACCAAGUCCAAAGCCAAUGGCCAAGAUUUUAUCAAUGAGGUUGCUUCACUCGGGAGAAUUCACCACGUAAAUGUGGUGCGAUUAGCGGGGUUUUGUGUUACCGCCUCCAAGCGUGCCCUUAUUUAUGAGUACAUGCCUAAUGGAUCUCUAGAUAAGUUUAUUUUUGCAGAACAUUCUAAUAGGCUCCCAUUGAGUUGGAAGAAGGCAUUUGAGAUCGCCUCGGGCGUGGCUCGUGGGAUACAAUACUUGCAUCAGGGCUGCAACAUGCAAAUUGUGCAUUUUGAUAUUAAACCACAUAACAUUUUACUCGAUGACAACUUCGUACCAAAGGUUUCAGACUUCGGACUAGCAAAAUUACAUCCUCUGCAAAACAGUGUAGUGUCUCUCACAGUUGUGAGAGGAACAUUGGGAUACAUGGCUCCAGAACUAUUUUACAAGAAAAUUGGAAAUGUUUCAAACAAGGCUGAUGUUUAUAGCUUUGGGAUGUUACUAAUGGAGAUGGCAGGAAGGAGGAAGAAUAUCAAUGCUCUUGCUGAGCAUUCAAGUCAAAUUUACUUUCCCUCAUGGAUAUAUGAUAACAUUGACCAAGGAGAGGAUAUGGAAAUUGGAGAUCAUGCAACUGAAGAAGAAAAAACAAUUAGAAAAAAAUUGAUUUUGACAGCAUUGUGGUGCAUACAGAUGAUACCUGAGAAUCGUCCUUCAAUGAGAGAAGUCAUAGAAAUGCUCGGAGGUGAUCUCCAAGACCUGCAAUUACCUGCUAAGCCACGCUUUUAUCCUUCAGACUCUCCUGUAAGACAUCUUCAAAGUAGUAGUUACAGUUGUUCUGAGGAGUCCACAGAGUCCCCAUGUAACUCUGUACCUCUUGAAAUAGAGCAGAUUGAUAGAUAAGUAUUGCUCAACUUUGCCAUUCUUAUUCUUAUGGAACU